AUGGCUCUUGGGUGCUGUAGCUUGUGCAGGAGACAGUACGGCACCAGCUGUCGGAACUCGGAAGCUCUCAAUUUGAGCCCCGAGAAAUCAUUUAUAUCACAAGGUAACAUAACAGGGAAGCUGGUUCAAAUAAAAAAUGCAAAAGAUUCUAUAUCACAAGGUAGCAUAACACAUGGUAUGCCCAAUAGCAAAAAAGAAUAUUACUCUUUGGAGAUUGGUGAGCCUUACCCCCUGUUGCUCGAAAUGCCUGUAUGA